UUAGCUCAUCACUUGCACGGACAACGUAGCGCGGCAAGUUGAUAAUUGAUGUCGACGCUUGCGCACACCAAUGCGCUCUUUCGCAAGUCGCUCGCCUUUCAGAAGCGCCAGCGUGGCUCCAACUGCUGCCAGGCCAUGACGGGAGUUGUGGUCGUCGUCCUCAUCAUCCUCCUCCAGGCCGUCGUCGAUGACCUCAUUUCCGAAGAGCCGGUCCUCAGCGAUGCCCAGCUGCGGAAUCCCAUCUCGUACCCACCGUACUUUUUGCGAUCGAUUCCCGGCACCGAUCUGACCUGUGCUGGCAUGCCCGAUGGCCCGCUGCCGACUCUGUGCAACGCGACCGACGGAUCAUGUCCGGCAAGUCAGCCCAAGGGCGUCUUUGAUGGCCAACUGUGGGCCGCUGCUGCACCGAGCCUCCACCCGACGCUCGGAUCGCUGGCUAAGGCCGACGGCUCGGGCGGCUCGGGCUUGCUGGGCAGCUUUGCCACGGAUCCGCUCAACGUCCACCUCGGGCAGUCGUUCCCGGAGUUUGAUGCCGCCGACUACUGCCUCAACGCCACGUACUACGCGUACCCGGUCUCGGUCGAUGUGUACAACACGACGGCGCCGAUCCAGGCCAAGCUCUACAACGCAUACCAGGUUGUGGGCGCAGAGGCGCUCGGCGGGUACUACAUCAAGGAUGUGCAGAUCUCUGCGGGCACCAAGCUCGUCCUCGACUUUGCAGCGCACUACAACAAGACGCUGUCCAAGGGCCAGGACGUCCCGCGGCUCUCGUCGCUUCUUGCGGCGGCGGCGCUCAAGAUGUUCUCGGGCGAGCAGGUGACGAUGGAGCUCGCCGGCCUCCGCGACUUUCCGCGGACGGUGGAGAACCCUAGCCUCGACAUUGCCUCGCUCCUUGCACCGUUCCUCUUCCUGUACAUCUUCCAGCUGACGAUGCCGAUCAUGCUGACGUCGAUGGUGUUUGAGAAGGAGCACCGGCUGCUGGAGAUCAUGCGCAUGUCCGGCCUCCGCAUGCCGGCGUACUGGAUCGUGACGUACAUGUUCAACUUUAUGCUCUACUCCGUCUCGGUCGGCUUCUUCUGGAUCAUGGCCGCCCUCGCCGGCUUCAAGUUCUUCACCAAGAACUCGUUUGGCCUCGUCUUCUUCCUCCUCUUCCUCUUUGGCCACACCCUCGUGGCGCUCGUCUUCUUCUUCCGCGUCUUCUUCUCACGGACGUCGACGGCCACCGUUGUCGGCUACCUGUGGAUCUUUGCCACGGGCCUCAUCACCUCGGAGAUCUUCUACACCUACAUCCAGCAGUCCGAGACGCCGCAGGCCAUCAUCUCGCUCUUCUCGCUCGUCCCCACCUUUGCCUUUUACCGCGGCAUCGUCGUCCUCUCCAACGGCGUCGCCUUUGGUGAGCCGGGCCUCGAGUGGUCGAACGUCAACCAUCCGCGCGUCCGCCUCGGCGAGGUCUACCUCUUCCUCUUCUUUGAGUGGAUCGUCCUCCUCGCAGCCUCGGCCUACCUCGACCUGGUGGUCAAGUCGGAGACCGGCAUCUCGCGCUCGCCGCUGUUCUUCCUCGAGAAGCGGUCGUGGGCCUGGCUCUGCGAUCGCAACCGCACCGACGACGCCGACUCGACCUACGACUCGACGCCCAUUGCUGCGUCGGUGGACGGUGAGCCGGAAGACGUCGCCGCCAUGCGCGAGACCAUCCGCACGGCCGAGAGCCAGUACGAUCUGCGCGUCGCCGACGUGUCGGUCACGUAUCCAGCUCGCGGCGGUGCGCCACAGAAGGAGGCCUGCAAGUCGGUGACCUUUGCCAUCGAGCGUGGGACCGUGUUUGGUAUGCUCGGCGCCAACGGUGCCGGCAAGACCUCGUGCAUCUCGGCGCUCUCGGGCCUCAUCGAGGCCACCUCGGGCACUGCUCACAUUGCUGGCUACGAUGUGCGGCAGCAGACGCGCGCGGCGCAUCUCAACCUCGGCGUCUGCCCGCAGCACGAUCUGCUCUGGCUCUCACUCACCGGACCCGAGCACGUCCGCUUCUACGGCCGCGUCAAGGGCCUCUCCGGCUCUGAGCUGACCGAGGCUGUCGACGACGUCCUCGAUGCUGUCGAUCUUGGCGACGACGUGACUCGUGCCAAGAAGGCCGGCGAGUACUCGGGCGGGAUGAAGCGGCGGCUCUCGGUCGCCUGCGCACUCGUCGGCUCGCCGCGGGUGGUCGUCCUCGAUGAGCCGACCACCGGCCUCGAUCCCGAGUCGAAGCGCAAAGUCUGGAAUGUCAUCCAGCAGUACAAGGCCAAUGCCGCACUCCUGCUCACCACCCACUCGCUCGAGGAAGCCGAGGCACUCUGUGAUGACGUCGGCAUUUUCAUCGAUGGUCAGUUCAAGACCACUGGCUCGGUCGCUGAGCUCAAGACCCGCUACUCGUCGGGCUACAAGCUCGGCGUGACAGUGGAGAAGGACGCCCACGACGAGGCGCACGCCUUCAUCAAGCGCGCCGGCGGUAAGACGACCAAGCUCCUCAACUCGCUCGCUGCCGUCCGCAACUACGAGAUCUCGCGCUCCGUCCCCGUCCACAAGCUCUACGCCAAGCUCGAGCGCGGCGCCGCUGACAACGGCAUCAUCGAGUGGUCGCUCUCGCACUCGUCGCUCGAGGAGGUCUUCCUCCACGUCGUCGAGCUGUUCUGGGCCGAGGGCGGCGACGCCGUCCGCGCCGAGCGCGCCAAGGAUGUCGAGCUUGCCCGAUUCGGCUCGUCCGCCUCGAGCUCUAACGGCUCGGGAUCGUACGUUUACUCGGGCGAGGACGACGACGGCAACAAUAGCGACGAUUCGUCCACAGAUGGCGGCGAGGAUGAGUCGUACUCGUCGUCGACGUGAGACGGUGCGGUAAAAGAAAUGUUGUCCA